AGAUGUGCUGAUCUCACCGUUACCGUCGGUUACCAGAGCCGCGUUCCUCUCUCUCUCUCUCUCUCUCUCUCUGUCUCUCUCCCUCCCCCUCGAGCGUCUCCUCUCAUCUUUUCUCUUGAGCUGAGAGUGAGAGACAAAGGCCCCCGUCCGUUCUGCACACGCUUAGACCGCCAACGCUCUUCUGCAUGCCGGAUCCAGUUUUUCUCGCACUACUAUGCCUGUGUGCCGGACCGCUGCGUUUUAACUCGCGCGUGUGUGGAAGUGUGUUUUACGGAUACUACAAAGCACUCGUGGUGGACUAGGAUUCCUCGUCUUUAAUGGAAGGAUUGUACCACGACAUUUCCAGAAUUUCAUUUUACACAGAAUAUGACAGACACCUAGCGCACAGUAAAGGCAUGGCGACGGCAUACCUGGAGCCCAACCACACCCUGGGCACCGGGGCCAAGGCCCGUCUCAGCGCGGGGACGGAGCGGGCCCCCAGGGCCCCGGACAGGGUCCUGAAGGUCUUCCAUCACUUUGAGAACAACAGCGAGCGCAGCACCUGGUCUAGCAACAUCCGGUAUGGAGACGCCACCGACGUCAGGGGAAUCAUUCAGAAGAUCGUGGACAUUCAUAAGGUCAAACACGUGGCUUGUUUUGGGCUGCGUCUCACUCACGCACCGUCGGGCGACAUCCACUGGCUCCACCCAGAUAUGGGCGUGUCCCACGUGAGGGAGAAAUACGAGCAGAAACGCCCACAGGACGAAUGGAGGUAUGAGCUGAGGAUCCGUUACCUGCCCAAGGGCUUCCUCAAUCAGUUCGCUGAAGACAAACCCACUCUCAGCUAUUUUUAUCAGCAGGUGAAGAAUGACUACAUGCUGGAGAUUGCGGAUCAGGUGGAGCAGGAGAUGGCGCUGAAGCUGGGAUGUCUUGAGAUCCGGAGAUUCUACAGAGAGAUGAGAGGAAACGCUCUGGAUAAAAAAUCCAACUAUGAACUCUUAGAAAAGGACGUUGGACUUAGACGGUUCUUCCCCAAAAGUUUGUUGGAGUCGGUUAAGGCCAAAACGCUGAGGAAACAGAUCCAACAGACGUUUAAGCAGUUCGCCAACCUGAACGACGAGCAGAGCAUACUGAAGUUUUUUGAGAUCCUGGCCCCCGUCUACAGAUUCGACAAAGAGUGCUUUCGAUGUGCUCUGGGGUCGAGUUGGGUCAUAUCAGUGGAUCUCGCUAUCGGUCCAGAGGAGGGAAUCAGUUACCUGACAGACAAGGGUUCCACGCCGACACAUCUGGCCAACUUCACGCAGGUGCAGAGCAUCCAUUACUCGUGCGUGGAGGAGAAGGAGAGGAAGGGCGUCUUGCAGCUGGACGUGGCAGGAGCCGCUGAGCCUCUCACGAUCAGCACGCCGUUCUUCGCCACCGCUGAGAACAUGGCCGACCUCAUCGACGGCUACUGUCGCCUGCUCAACGCCGUCAGCCAGUCCUUCAUCGUCAGACCUCAGAAAGAGGGGGAAAGAGCUCUUCCAUCCAUUCCAAAACUUGCCAACAACGAGAAGCGGCUGGAGGGGAUCCGGGCAGGAGUUCGUGCCAUCUCUGUUUCAGAAGAUCUUAGCGGAGAUGAAACAGACGACUAUGCAGAGAUCAUAGAUGAGGAGGACACCUACACCAUGCCCUCUACAGAAUGCUAUGGAUUAGACUCAGCUCAGGACUAUGAGAUCCAGCGGGACAGAAUCGAGUUGGGACGGUGUAUCGGCGAGGGCCAGUUUGGCGAUGUCCACCAAGGGGUUUACAUCAGUCCGGAGAAUCCAGCAUUAUCAGUGGCCAUUAAGACGUGUAAGAACUGCACCUCAGACAGCGUGCGUGAGAAGUUCUUACAGGAAGCUCUGACAAUGCGGCAGUUCGACCAUCCACACAUUGUGAAGCUGAUUGGAAUAAUCACUGAAAAUCCGGUCUGGAUCAUCAUGGAGCUGUGCACGCUUGGAGAGUUGAGGUCAUUCUUGCAAAUAAGGAAGUACAACCUCGAUCUGUCCACGCUGAUUCUGUUCGCCUACCAGCUGAGCACAGCGCUGGCGUACCUGGAGAGCAAACGCUUCGUGCACAGGGACAUCGCUGCCAGGAACGUGUUGGUGUCUUCCACGGAUUGUGUGAAACUUGGUGAUUUCGGUCUUUCCAGAUACAUGGAGGACAGUUCCUAUUAUAAAGCUUCUAAAGGGAAACUGCCGAUCAAAUGGAUGGCUCCUGAAUCCAUAAACUUCCGUCGGUUUACCUCAGCCAGCGACGUCUGGAUGUUUGGUGUGUGUAUGUGGGAAAUCCUCAUGUUCGGCAUCAAGCCCUUCCAGGGCGUGAAGAAUAAUGACGUGAUCGGGCGGAUAGAGAACGGUGAGAGGUUAGCGAUGCCCCCAAACUGCCCUCCCACCCUCUACAGCCUGAUGACCAAAUGCUGGGCAUACGACCCCAGCAAACGGCCGCGCUUCACCGAGCUCAAGACACAGCUCAGCACUAUCCUGGAUGAGGAGAAGGCCCAGCAGGAGGAGCGUUUCCGUAUGGAGAUGAGGAGACAGGUCACCGUGUCCUGGGACACUGGGAAUUCAGACGAGGCGCCUCCGAAGCCCAGCAGACCUGGUUACCCGAGUCCUCGAUCCAGUGAUGGCUAUUUCCCUAGUCCACAACACUCUGGUCAGCACAAUCAUUACCAGGGGUCUGGAUAUCCUGGGGCACUCGUGCCCGGUGCGGGAUACCCGCCGCAAGCCUCCGUCCUCGACCCGCAUGAAACAUGGAACCAUCACCGACAGGAGGUGCCUGUGUGGUCUCCAAACAUGGAGGAUGGGGGCGCUCUGGGGAUGGAGGAGACGCUCAUCAAACAGCAGCAGCAGAUGGAGGAGGACCAGAGAUGGCUGCAGCAGGAGGAGAGCUUCCUGAAGCCGGAGUCGAGGAACUCGAGGGGCAGCAUCGACCGCGAGGACAGCGCUCUCCAGUCCCCGAUGGGGAAGCAGCAUGUUUAUCAGCCGGUGGGUAAAGCAGAACAUGUGGCUCCUCCAAAGAAGCCGCCCCGUCCCGGCGCUCCGAGUCACCUGACCAACCUGAACCCCGUGGACAGUUACAACGAGGGUGUCAAGCCCUGGAGGAUCCAGCCUCAGGAGAUCAGUCCUCCUCCCACAGCAAACCUGGACCGCUCCAGUGAUAAGGUGUACGAGAACGUGACGGGGCUGGUGAAGGCCGUGAUCGAGAUGUCCAGCCGCAUCCAGCCCGCGCCGCCCGAGGAGUACGUCCCCAUGGUGAAGGAUGUUGGACUGGCGCUCAGGACUUUACUGGCGACGGUGGACGAGACCAUCCCAGUGUUACCAGCCAGCACUCACAGAGAGGUCAGACCUGCUCAACUCUCCUCUUCAGCUACCAGGGACUAGUCUUUUUUUUCUUUUCUUUUUUUGGUGAAUUCAUCUUUUUCAAAAAUAGUGUUUUUC